AUGAUAACCAAGAUCGAGCGAUUCACCGUCACGAUGCAGUUGAUCAGCAAACUCACGGUUCUAGCCCUUUUUCUCACACCACUUGCGCUGGCUGCACCUGCAGAGAAUGCACCCGGGCAGGAUGACGGCUCCAACGAUCUCCUAGCAUGCAGAGCUGGCUCGUACCGUUGCAGGUAUAUCAGUGAUUAUCACUCUCAGAUUGAGGUCUGUGCUGGCGGCGGGAGAUGGGCAUUAUCAGCCAAAUGUGCGUUCAUGAGGCUUUGCCAGUAUGAUAACCGCGGUCUCCCCUAUUGUCCGUAA